AUUACAAUUAACAGAAAGAACAACAAAGGCUGGCCCCCUUGGCUAAUUUUUCAGCUGUCAGGAGAUCCUUGACUCUCUAGAAGGAGGAGCUCUGGCAGUGCUUGGCAGAUGCAAACUUUUCAAGUUAUCCAUCCUUUUGGAGCAAGGUAAUAUCAAAGGGCACUAUGGAUUACAAUUGAGAGGAGUGUUUACAGCCUGGGAGAUUAUUUGUGUUUGGUGUUACCUCUAUAGUCAUACACAUCCAAGCUAGGAGAAAAGGAACAGAAGGAACCCUUUCAUUAUCUUUUGAAAUAUGAAGAUCAGAAGAAAACCUGGGUUUAAAGUGUGGAGUGAUGGUCCUGGAAGCCUCCUUAUAAAUUAGAAGGCAUCUUGCCUCUGUAAUAACAGAUCCAGGCACAGAGCUGAUUUUCAGACAUUGGGCAAAAUCCUGGAUGCAUCCUUGUUGCAGCAAACUUUGGGCAUAGAUCUACUGUUCAGUAAACACAAAUACAUUGUGUCUCGUGAGAUGGCGGAUUCAGCAACUGGACCUUCCCAUUGAUGGAUUAAUUCACCAGAUCUGCUUGGGGAAAUUGCUGCUACGUUGCCGCAGAAUGGGAAGUGGUAAAGAUGAUGAGCUACUGAACAGGAUCUCAUUCCCAGGACCAACAUCCCUUGGGAGCAGCCGUGCACCUCCCCUUGGGUUACCACUCCAAGAGCCAUUUGCUGUUCCUAUCCGCUUCAAUCCAACAUACUGGAACCACCAAGCCUACAAUGGAUACUCGGGAAGGUUCUCAUACUUACCUUUUUCCGGGUACGUUGGAGUCUACGACUAUUCUUUCGAGCCUGCCUUCAUCCGAAAGAGGAAUGAGAGGGAGAGGCAACGGGUUCGUUGUGUGAAUGAAGGUUACGCUCGCCUGCGAGACCAUCUCCCCAAGGAGUUAGCUGACAAGCGUCUUAGCAAAGUAGAGACUCUGAAAGCGGCCAUAAGUUACAUCAAGCACCUUCAGAAUUUGUUGGACUGUGAUCCUUUAGGGACUACUAAGACCGCCCUUCCAGCUACAGAGACCUCAGUUGCUCCUGUUCUUAGUUUGAGAAAAGAAUGCAACAGUGAUGGAGAAUCUAAAACUUCAUUGCCUUCAUCUCCAUAUAGUGAGCUCGAGGAAGUUUGCAGCGAGGAAACAGCAUCUUCAGAGAAGGACACUUCAAGAUCCCAUUCUUUCUUUCUUUAAAGCAGUCAUAUUUCUAAAUGUGCAUGGAUUUUCCCGCAGAACAAUGUGCAUAGUUUCCAGCAAUGGGAUGAAAAAAGGUAUCUUAAUUAUUUCAAAUGACUAUUUCCAUGGUUCAUUUGGACUGCAAGCGCUUAAGAAAAAAUGUUCUAAAAUUUCCUUAUUUAUGCCAUUAAAAGCAAUGGAAUGAGUAUGACUGAAAUAAUCUUUAAAAACCUAAAAUAUUCUUUUGUUUUGUAUGUUUCAGACAGGGAGAACUAAUAAUGUUUUGUAUGUUUCAGAC